AAACUCGCUAGACAAAAGAGUUUUCCGUUUUCGAGUUGCUUCGCAAGACGAAUUUCCCUAUGGGCUUGCUUUGCAAGACGAAAACGUCUUGCGACUUUGUUUCCUUUGUCUAAAAACCGUUAAAACCAAGGGUGCUUUGCUUGGAGAGCUGCAGCUGCUACUUGACUUCGAGGAGCAACUGUUAGCACGCGGUUUGGUAGCCUUUUUUCAGACUUUGCUCACUUUUGAAGCUUUUCCAAAACUUUUCCAGAACUUCUCUUGCAUCCAUUUGCCAUUUGAGGUUUCUGAAGACUUUGGUGAUUGAUUGUUGAAGCUUUUCCAGAACUGCUUUUGCAUCCAUUUCGUAAGUUAAACUUUUAAAACUUUUUUGGGGGUUUUUGGAUUUUGGGUUGGGGUGUUUGGGAUUCAAGGACUUGGUUCUGGGUUUUAAUUUCUGUGUGGUGGGUGGCUGGGUGCUUUUGAAUUUUUUGGAUUUGAAGCACAUCACUGAUUUUUUCUUUCUUUCUGAGUUUACGAAGGUAGGAGCUGUGCUGCCAUGGGACCCAAGAAGACUGCUGCUGCGGAGGCCGGCGAGAGGAAGAAGGAGAAGGUGACGCUGGAAAUGAAGAAGGAGAUCAUCCGGAAGCACGACGGCGGAAUGCGUGUGACGGACCUCGCCAGGGAGUACGGGAGGAAUCCAUCAACCAUCGGGACCAUCCUGAAGAUGAGGGAGAAGAUCCUGGCGACUGAUGCAGCCAAGGGAGUCACCAGGAUCAUGAAGAACCGCCCAGCUGUUCUGGAGGAGGUCGAGAAGUUGCUGCUCAUCUGGAUAGAAGAGAAGCAGCGUGCAGGGGACACAGUGACUGAGGCCGUCAUUUGUGAGAAGGCCAAGGCCUUGCAUGCUGACCUCAUCCGGGAACAGCCAGGAACCUCAGGCGAGCCAGAAGUCUUCAAGGCAAGCAGAAGUUGGUUUGACCGGUUCAAGACAAGAUCUCGCAUCCACAGCGUGGUCAGGCAUGGAGAGGCUGCCAGUUCUGAUGUUCCUGCGGCUGAAGACUUUGCAGUGGAGUUCUUGGAGGUUGUGAAGACGGAGGGCUACGUUCCACAGCAGGUCUUCAACUGCGACGAGACCGGGCUGUUUUGGAAGAGGAUGCCCAAAAGGACUUUCAUCACUCAGGAGGAGUCCAAGUUGCCUGGCCACAAGCCCAUGAAGGACCGUCUGACCCUGCUCUUCUGUGCCAAGGCAAGCGGCGACCUGAAGAUCAAGCCCCUGCUGGUGUACCAAUCGGAGAACCCACGGGCCUUCAAGAGACGCAAGAAGCGGCUGAGUGUCAUGUGGCGAUCCAACAGCAAGGUUUGGGUCACACGUGUGCUGUUUGUGGACUGGGUCAAUCUUGCUUUUGGCCCUGCUGUCAAGCAGUACCUGCUGGACAAUGACCUGCCGCUGAAGGCUUUGCUUCUGAUGGACAAUGCUCCUGCUCAUCCUAAAGGCCUUGAGGUGGACUUGUUGGAGGAGUUCAGCUUCAUCAACAUCAUGUUCCUGCCGCCUAACACCACGCCACUGCUCCAGCCGAUGGGUCAGCAGGUCAUUGCCAAUUUCAAAAGACUCUACACCAAGGAGCUUUUCAGGCGAUGCUUCGAGGUGACUGACUGCACCACCAUCACCCUGCGGGAAUUCUGGAAGGACCACUUCAACAUCGUCACCUGCUUGAAGAUGAUCACCACGGCCUGGAACGGGAUCAGCCAGAGAAAUUUGAAUUGCGCUUGGCGCAGCCUGUGGCCGGACUGUGUGGCACCAAGUGACUCUGAUGCACCAGAGUCAACAGUGGUGCAGGACAUUGCUGCCUCGGGGAGGACCAUGGGCCUGGAGGUCACAGAGGAGGACGUCUGCGAGCUGGUGGAGGAGCACGACCACGAGCUGACCACCCAGGAGCUGGUCGAACUGCAGGCAGAGGCUGCGCAGGAGCGGGCCUCGCUGGAAGAGGAGGAAGCAACUGAGGAACGGCUGUCCUCCGAAAAACUGAGGGACAUUUGCCAGAAGUGGAAGGAGGUGCAGGCUUUUGCAGAGCAGCACCACCCUGACAAGCACAUGGCACAUGACCUUGUGAACACUUUUGAUAUGAGGGUCAUGUCGCCUUUCAGGGAGGUGCUGAAAAGGCGGAUGAAGCAGCAGACUAUGGACAGGUUCUUGAGCAAGAAGCAAAGAGUGGAAGAGGAGCCUUCUUCGAGUGGUCCCCCAGAGUCUUAGAAAAUGUAUGUACAGUACUGUACACUUUGUUGAUUUUUAAAUGUUUUUCUGUCAUGUUUAUAAACUUAAUUUAUUUUUCCUUCAUUUUUUGAACUGCUCUUUACAGUAUGUGUGACUUUAAAGAGCAGUUAAUAAACUGUUGUUGUACCAAA